CAUGUUUAUGUAUGUACAUGUAUAGGCCAAAAAUCAAAGAACCGAGUGGGAGACUGGGAGUGACCAGCGCAGUCCUAUGUGUGAAACCCACCAGUAACCACCUUUGAACACCCACGUGCUUUUCUUCCCACUUUCGUCGCAGGUCUACUACUGACUGAGGCUUCUCUCUUAGGGGUAUUGGAAUUUUGUGUGCCAAUGGAAAUCACUCCAAAGCUUGUCAAUGUGGCCUAUUUCUUGGUGUUUCUGAUAUGGGUUUUGCUAGAAUUCUUCAAACGAAGAAGACAAGUUGGUGAAGAUCAGUUCAAAAGUGGAGCAACAGAGGAGAGAAGAAGAAGAAGAAGAUGCACAGGCUUUGCCAAGAUUACUACAAUUAUGUCUAAUGUCUUGAUCUCUAUUUUCUAUACGGGGUUUAGUUGCUAUGAGUUUUGGAAUUCUAAAACCAUCCCUUUAGUUUCUGCCUUGUCAUCCUUGACUUGGAUCUUAUCCAGUGUAGUUUUAGUCUGCUCAGAGGGGAAAAAGUGGCCUUUAGUUCUCAUAGUUUGGUGGGUAUUCUCCAGCAUCUGUGACUUAGUUCUAGUGUCUAGUUACCUAAUCACCCAUUUCACAUCCAUGAAGCUAGUGCCCUAUUUUCUGCCUGAAGCAGACAUUGUUGAUUUUGCUUCAUUCCCAUUGUUGAUUCUCCUCUGCUUCAAUGCUCUGCUGCUCAGUAACAAGGUUAGUGAAGGAAACACAGACGAUAUCAAACACCCAUUGCUUCAACAAGAGAAAGGAAACGUCCCUAAACAUGUCUUUUCCAGUGCUGGAAUUUGGAGCAAAGUCACAUUUAUGUGGCUUAACCCACUCUUUGAAAUAGGCCGGAUUCAAAAACUCGAAUUGCCCCACAUACCCUCCGUUCCUUCGUCGGAAACAGCUUCUGUUGCCUCUUCUUUGAUAGAGGAAUCGCUUAGAAAACAGAAAACAGAAACUCCUUCAUUGCCAAGAGCUGUACUGCUUGCUCUCUGGAGACCCCUGGUCAUAAACGGCGUCAUUGCAGGAGUGAAUACAAUUGCUUCAUACAUGGGUCCCCUCUUGAUCACAAACUUUGUGAACUUUUUAACUACAAAGAAUGACAAUUCAAGCCACUACCAUGGAUUGAUUCUUGCAUUGAUCUUCUUUUUGGCAAAGACAGUAGAAUCACUGUCUCAAAGGCAAUGGUAUUUUGGGGCACACUGUAUGGGUAUCCGAGUACGUGCAGCCCUUAUGGUAUUGGCAUAUAAGAAAUCCUUGUCAAUCAAGUACGGUGGCACGAGCAAUGGAAAAGUCAUAAAUCUCAUCACAGUAGACGUCGAGAGGAUUGGGGACUUCUUUUGGUACAUACAUGGAGUUUGGUUGCUUCCAUUUCAAGUCAUUUUAGCCCUGAUUAUUCUUUACAGAAACCUUGGUUUAGUUCCCUCGUUUGCUGCUCUUUUGGCUACAAUUUCUGUUAUGGGGAGCAACACCCCUCUGGCAAGGGAGCAAGAAAGGCUCCAUUCAAAGAUAAUGGAAGCUAAGGACUCGAGAAUCAAAGCUACUUCAGAAACACUAAAGAGCAUGAGAGUCCUAAAACUCCAUUCUUGGGAAUCCACCUUCUCGAAGAAGAUUUUUCAACUUAGGGAAAACGAGAGAAGUUGGCUUAAGAAGUACCUAUAUACAUGCUCAGCCGUAGCUUUUUUAUUUUGGACGUCGCCAACUGUGGUUUCCGUUGUCACCUUUGGUGUUUGCAUUGUUUUGCAAACUCCAUUGACAACAGGUACUGUCCUUUCAACACUAGCUACUUUUCGGAUUUUACAAGAAGCCAUUUACAAUCUCCCAGAGUUGCUAUCUAUGAUUGCUCAAACGAAGGUGUCAAUUGAUCGAAUGCAAGAGUUUCUUGUACAAGAUCGAAAGAAACUGAUAGAGUUUAAUGGCUCAAGAAAAGCCACUGAUGUUGCAAUUGAGCUUGAAACCGGUGAAUACUCAUGGGAGCUGUUGUCAACAGCUUCAAAAAAACCCACCAUCAACAUCACUCAGAAAAUGGAAAUCAAGAAAGGCUACAAAGUUGCAAUUUGUGGCUCAGUUGGGUCGGGCAAAUCAAGCCUUCUUUAUAGCUUUCUUGAUGAGAUUCCUAGAAUUUCCGGGGGAGGGAUUAAUGUUUUUGGAUCCAAGGCAUUUGUUCCUCAGAAGGCUUGGAUCCAAACGGGCACAGUGAGAGAGAAUGUCUUGUUCGGAAAGGAAACGAAAAAGGAUUUCUAUGAUGAUGUCUUGGAAGGAUGUGCUCUAGAACAAGAUAUUCUUAUGUGGGGUGAGAGAGAUUUGUCUGUGGUGGGCGAACGAGGUUUGAACUUGAGCGGAGGGCAAAAGCAGCGUAUUCAAUUAGCCAGAGCUAUCUAUGCUAAUUUGGAUGUAUAUUUCCUCGAUGAUCCAUUUAGUGCCGUUGAUGCUCAUACUGGAGCACAUUUAUUCAAGAAUUGUUUAUUGCACCUCUUACGCCAAAAGACAGUGAUCUAUGUAACACAUCAAUUGGAAUUCUUAAAGGCAGCAGAUCUUGUCCUGGUGAUGAAAGAUGGUAGAAUCAUACAGUCAGGAAAGUAUGAAGACUUGAUAGCAGAACUUGAUGGUGAACUUGUUACACAAAUGGAUGCUUACAACAAAUCUCUUAACCAAAUGAAUCCUUCCUCUGACCAUAAAUCCUUAACCAAUACGGCCCCUCUUGAAGUUAAUGAAGAGGAAAUUGGAGAAACCGCAAGAACUGGAAGCAUUUUGGAAAGAAAUCAAGAAGAAGAAGCAGAAACUGGCCGAGUGAAAUGGAGAGUAUACUCAACCUUUAUUGCUUGUGCAUAUAAAGGUGCGCUCGUUCCAGUGAUACUUCUCUGUCAGGUUUUCUUUCAAGGGUUGCAGAUCGCCAGCAAUUACUGGAUUGCUUGGGCGAUUGACGAGAAAAACCAAGUUAGUAGAGGGCGAAUGAUAGGAAUAUAUGCUUUGAUCUCAAGUGGAAGCUCCAUCUUCAUAUCGGGGAGGGCAGUUUUGCUCUCAACCAUUGCCAUUGAGACUUCUCAGUGCCUAUUCCGUGGAAUGAUUACAUCCAUUUUUAGGGCACCACUUUCUUUCUUUGACUUCACACCUUCAAGCCGGAUUCUCAGCCGAGCUUCAACAGAUCAAAGCAUAGUGGACACCGACAUUCCUUACAGAUUGGCUGGAUUAGCAUUUGCGCUUAUUCAGCUGUUAAGUAUCAUCGCCCUUAUGUCCCAAAUUGCGUGGCAAGUCUUUUUGCUCUUCGUUGUGAUCUUGGCAAUCUCCGUGUGGUACCAGUGUUACUACAUCACUACUGCAAGAGAAUUAGCAAGGAUGGUUGGGAUUCGGAAAGCUCCAAUCCUGCACCACUUUUCAGAAUCCUUGACCGGGGCUGCAACAAUUCGUUGCUUCAAUCAAGAAGAUCGGUUCCUCAAAAAAACUGUAGGACUGGUUGAUGAUUACUCUCGCGUUGCUUUUCACAAUUCUGCCACGAUGGAGUGGCUUUGUGUCCGGGUCAACUUUCUCUUCAACCUUGUCUUCUUCUUUGUUCUUGUCAUCUUGGUUAACCUGCCAAGGUCAUCCAUUGAACCUAGCUUGGCUGGACUGGUGGCUACAUAUGGUUUGAAUCUGAAUGUUCUUCAGGCUUGGGUUGUAUGGAACCUAUGCAACGUCGAGAACAAAAUGAUAUCAGUGGAGAGAAUUCUUCAAUUUACUAAUAUUCCAAGUGAAGCUCCUUUAGUGAUUGAAAAUUGCAGACCGGAGCCUGAAUGGCCAAUAAAUGGAAUAAUUCAAUUGGAAAAUCUCCAUGUCCAAUAUGACCCAUCUCUCCCUAGAAUUUUAAAAGGAAUCACUUGCACCUUCCCUGGGAACAAGAAAAUUGCCAUUGUGGGAAGAACCGGAAGUGGAAAGUCUACUCUAAUUCAAGCCCUCUUCAGAGUCAUGGAGCCUGUACAAGGAAGGAUUUUGAUUGAUGGAAUUGAUAUUACUAAGAUUGGUUUGCAAGAUCUGAGGUCUCGGUUGAGUAUAAUCCCACAAGACCCAAUACUUUUCCAGGGAACCAUGAGGAGUAAUCUUGAUCCUUUACAGCAGCAUUUAGAUCAUGAAAUUUGGGAGGUUAUGGGAAAAUGUCAUCUUGCAGACAUAGUAAGACAGGAUCAGAGGCUUCUUGACAUGCCAGUGGAAGAAGAUGGAGAAAACUGGAGUAUGGGACAAAGGCAGCUUGUGUGUCUUGCUAGGGUGCUGCUGCAGAGGAGGAAAAUAUUGGUUUUGGAUGAGGCCACAGCAUCAGUAGACACGGCAACGGACAAUGUGAUUCAAAGAAGAAUCCGAGAAGAAACAAGCAGGUGCACCGUUGUAACAGUGGCUCAUCGGAUACCCACCAUCAUCGACAAUGAUCUUGUUUUAGUUCUUGAUCAAGGCAAGGUUGUGGAAUGUGACUCGCCAAACGAGUUGUUGAAGGAUAAUUCUUCUGCUUUCUCAAAGCUGGUGAAGGAAUUCUUGAGUAGGUCGUCUAACGGUAACCAUCAAUAGGAUCUAGAUUGUUUCUUCCAAAGGAAAUGGUUCUAAACAUUUUGUACCGUAGAGCAUUGCACAGGGCAUUAACUUGGAGUAUAUAAGCUUUAGUUAGAGAUUACGGGGUUGACAUUCCAAACCUGUAAAUUGAUAUUUAUGAUGGAAAUAUAAAACUGAUAUUUUUUUUAUCACAA